AUGUUUUACAGCACAUCUGUGCCGCUUCAGACGAUUGUUGCGACUCGUAUUGUGCCUUUCCUGGUCAUUACUAUUCGUCAUCCUAAAGGAUUGAUUGACAAGAGUACUGUAAGCAGACGCCCUAGGAGCACUCGCGUCCCAAUCGCUACUAAAGCUGAUAUUGCGGCGAUUCGAGAGAAACAACAGCAGCAACAACCACAAGAAGGUACUGAGAUUACUUCUAAGAAGAGGACUAGAAGAAACCGUAAGGCUCGUCGUGGAACGCCUAAUGCUGAUGCUGCUGAGGGAACCACUAAGAGCGAAGUGAAGGCAGAAGCCUCGAAGGCUGAUGUGAAAAAGGGAGUGUCCAAGGUGGAUGCUGAGGUUCCAGUUGAUAAAGUAGUCGAGAAGAAAGAGAAAGUGACGAAGACUGCUCCUGUGGUGGUUGAAAAAGAAGCAUCGGCGUUUGACGGCGCAGUGAAGCCUCGUUCGAAGUAG